AGGUCUCUGUGGGAAAUGCCACUUAGCAGUGAGCAAAUGGGCACAGUUGCAAGGGCACGUUGUCAGCAGCAACAUAAAGCUGCGUUAUAUAUAGUCCUGUGUGCCUCCUCUUGGAUAUGGAUAUUGUAAUUCUUCAAGGAAAAUGCUCCAGGAUGCUGAGGGUGAAUAGAAAAAAGGCUGAGGUCGACUACUGCAACCUGCAGCUGAGCUACCAGGAAAAGUUUAUGCAUCCAGUGACUGAAAGGUCUGUUAUUUUUCUUACGAUGGAAAGGCUGGUUGUCUAUCUACUGGUUAUUAGCACAGCCGUGAAGGCCAUGAUGUGUCCCAAAAGAUGCAUGUGUCAAAACCUGUCUCCAUCCUUCACAAUUCUCUGUACGAAGACGGGGCUUCUCUUUGUGCCCCCCAGUAUUGACAGGAGAACAGCCGAACUAAGGUUAAUGGAUAACUUUAUCACUACACUUAGGAGAAAAGAUUUUGCAAACAUGACUAAUCUAAUUCAUUUGACACUAUCGAGGAAUACAAUAAGUCAAAUCAUGCCUUAUGCAUUUUUUGAUCUUAAAGGCCUUCACGCCUUACACUUGGAUAGUAAUAGACUGACCUACAUCAAUGAAGAUCAUUUCAAAGGUUUAAUUAACCUUCGACAUUUAAUACUCAGUAACAAUCAAUUAAACUAUAUCUCUCCUGGGUCAUUGGAUGACUUUAUUGAAACAAUUGAAGACCUGGAUCUGUCCUACAACAAUCUCGUUAACAUUCCUUGGGAAACAAUUGCCAAACUUUCUAAUGUCAAUACAGUCAGUUUGGAUCAUAAUCUCAUUGAGUUUGUGCCAGAGGGAAUCUUCUCAAACCUUCACAAACUUGCCCGUCUAGACAUGACCUCCAACAAGUUGAAAAAGAUCCCUCCUGAUCCUUUGUUUUCCAGAAUACCGGUGUACGCCAAGUCUAAAGGAUCUCCGCUCUCGUCCCUGGUGCUUAGCUUUGGCGGGAAUCCUUUGCACUGCAACUGUGAACUCAUGUGGCUGAGACGUCUCACCAGAGAAGAUGAUCUAGAAACCUGCGCCUCUCCACCAGAACUGAUGGGCAAAUACUUUUGGUCUAUUAAAGAGGAGGAAUUUGUCUGUGAACCCCCAAUGAUAACGCACCGAACCCCAAAACUAACAGUGACGGAAGGCCAAAGCGUCUCUUUGAAGUGCAAAGCUGUUGGCGAUCCAGAUCCCUACGUUCGCUGGAUCUCACCCGAUGGGAAGCUGGUCUCUAACACGUCUAGGACGAUUUCUUAUGAGAAUGGUACUCUGGAUAUUUUGGUUACUUCUUUGACUGACAAGGGCACGUUUACCUGCAUAGCAUCAAAUGCUGCGGGAGAGUCGACGGCUCCAGUCAAACUCCUCGUUACCCCGUACCCUAACCUUGCUAACAGCACCAACUGUGAUAAAGAUGCGGAGCCUGGCCCCUCAGAUAUUCUCAUAUCUGCCAAGUCGAGCUUUCCAAAUGAAACGAAGGCUCAGCAAGAGAAGGUGGUCAUGGUUGCUGAGCUGACGUCAUCUUCUGCUCUUAUCCAGUGGCCUUCUCAGCAUCACCUCUCUGGGAUUCGAAUGUACCAGAUUCAGUAUAACAGUUCUGCUGAUGACAUACUAGUGUACAGGAUGAUUCCAGCUGCUAGUAAAUCCAUCUUCUUGACUGAUCUGGUUGCAGGACGCGAGUACAACCUCUGUGUUCUUGCUGUUUAUGAUGACGGAUUGACAUCUUUGACUGCAACCAGGGUGAUCGGAUGCGUGCAGUUUACAACCCAGGAAGAAUACAAACAGUGCCGAUCCCUUCACACGCAGUUUCUUGGAGGAACCAUGAUCAUCAUUAUUGGGGGUAUCAUUGUGGCUUCAGUUCUUGUUUUCAUCUUCAUCCUCCUCAUGAAAUAUAAAGUCUACAACAACCACCACAAAAAUAAAACUACUAAAGUUAAUAAUGUCUGCUCUCAAACCAAUGGAAGCCAAAGUGGCUCGAUGGCUCGAUCCACUCCUAAACUUGCAGAGAGGUGGGAAAGUUUGCACCAGGAAUGCUCAGGCUCUUCCAUCAAAGGAAAAACUGUUGUAGAUUUGGAUUGUGAAAAAGUGACUCCAACCAACACAACCUUUUUAACAACUGAUCCGUUAUCUUAAUGGCCAUUUGAUGGAACAGGACACACCAAGGUGGUAUUGCUUGAAACAUUUUAAUGUGAGUGAUUGUAUUUUAAGCUUCACUACUAUUGUCUAUUUUUAAGAUCAGAUGGUUUAAAAAAUAUUUUCUUAAUCUGUAUACAGUUCUUGCAUUCUUAACUAUUUUGUUUCAAUGUAUUAAAUAUAAGUGUGUGAUUUACAAGAUUUUUUUACUGGUUCUUUUAUAGCAUACGCCUCUGGUAUCAAGGCAGCAGCAUAGCUAAAUUCUACUAGGUUUGACUUUGGUGAAAUGCACUUUUUCAUUUGGUUACCAACCAGCAGCAAAAUUGUACUCUCAGGAUCCUCAGACUUCCUUUCUCAUGGCAGAGUCACUUAGCAGCUUAAACUACUCAUCUCUUCAAGGAAUGAUUUGUUCUAAGAAGUUACUAGUUUCUCAAUACUGAGUUAUUUUUGCCAUAGGUAUGUUGUAUGUGUGCUGCUCACAAAAGAAGUAAAAUUAGCAGAGGUUGCCCACAGGAGAAAAAAAAAAUAUAUAUAUAUACUCUUAAAAAAAGGAGACAGAAAAUUGAAGUACUUUAAGUACUUUAGCAUAUUCUCUCAAUUAUUCAGUGGCACAGAAAUACGAACUCAUAUUGUUUGCUUUGUAACAGCUGUUAUCUGUUGAGACUGUGCCUUUGAGAAACCUCCUCUUGUUCUUGGUAGUCAGAUUUACCUUUGUUUGGGCAGGAAGAUGACCUGGUUUUGUCCUUUCUAAAUUGUAAAACUUCACAAACCGAUUGAAAUUAGAUGUGUUUCACUGUGCACGUUUUUGCUAUGCUGAAAACCAUGCCAUAAUCUCCCCCCCUGAAAGCAUACUGGUGAAGGGUUUUUUUUCUUUUUUGUUGGUAAAGUUGUUGAUUGAGGACCCACAGAUUAAAGCUCCUGUGUCCUGAGGCACAUUGCACUAUCUCACUGUGACACUGCAUCUUCAGAUGGCUUUUAUAUCAGUCUCUUAUUUCUGUAAUAAUGCAUGAAGUGUAAUGUAAGUGGCUGAUAGAUGAAUUAUGUGAAUGUGUCUGGUCAAGUAAUUUUAACGCAUCAUAUUGAAUAAUGAAAUGUUCCUUUUGUUUCAAGGGAUACUGUCAGAUCAAGGUGGGCCCGAAGUUUAGGUUUUGAAAUAACUUUUACAAAGCCUACGAGGAGCCGGUGACCUCAACUAAACAAAAUGUCCCCUCUGCCAUCCUCAUUGGUUGGUGAUUUUUUUUUUGGUGUUGUUUUGAUAUUUGGCUUUGAAAGCAAAACAAGAGAAAACACAAAUACCUUUUAUUUAUUAAACCUCAAGAAAUGGAAUGUGAAAGCAAUUGACAGGAGAGGCUUGCAAGCUGAGGGACUGGCUUGUGUCUUUUAAGGUGAUUGUGUCACAACUUGGCAAUUAACAGAAAGAGAAGUAUUUUUCCUAAGAUUGUCCCUUUAACAGACUCAAAAUAUUUCUCCUGUUUGGAUAUGAAAGAAUGGACCAAGAAAAGUUACCUGGCAGACAGCCAAAGGCUGUUUAACUACACAGCAAUUAAGUACUAUAUUUUAAUAGAGUUAGUCUUGCAAACUGCUGAAGUACAAGGCAUUUUUUGAUGUUUCUGUGAUGCACAGAUUUGCUGAGGCCUAUGUUCUGUUUUGAUACUCAACCAUAAAUGGAGGAAAAAGUAAUUUGAAGGGAUUCUGUUAUCAGGCAUAUUGUGACAGUGAGGUAAGACUAUGCAGCUACACUCAUGUUAGUUUUCUUAAAAAAAAAAAAAAAAAGCUAUAUGUACAACUGUGCAAAUGGAUGCUUCUUGUUAUGGAGAUGAUGAUGACUGUGUCCAUGCUUUCCUGGAUUUUCCUCUGGCUUCUGUCUGACUUCCAGGGCUGCAGACUCAUCACUGGCACUCCUAAGGUACAACCUCCUGAACCUGCCCAUGGUCACUGAUUUGAAAUGCUCUUGUAAUCCCCACCUCUUCCAGCAAGCAAAUUUAACUCGUCUUUGGCCAGACACAAAAUUCAAUGCUGGAAUUUGAACAUGAUUUUCUUAAUUACUGCAGCCUGAUUGCUAUGAGUAUCAUGAGUGGCUCAACCCACCUGUACAUUAAAUCUGUUUAUUGGUAA